AGUGGCUGUUCAAGCAUAAAUUGCUUCCUAUUACCCCUUUUGAUGGGAGAGAGAAAUGGUUUCCAUUGGUGCUGCAAAAGGACUAAUGUGCAUUAAGAGCUCUGCUGCCCAUCUGGUAGAGGAAGGACUUUGAAGAUAGAUUGUCUGGAGCAUACAUCUUAUCUUACAGUCCUUCAGGUUUCACAGCUGCACAGCACACCCACCCACUCUGCUGUAAACAACCCACAAGCUGGCCUGAGAAAUCAUGUUGUCUUACUCAUCCUACACCCUCAUAGCACUGGCUACUUUGUUAGUGACUUGCCAUGCAUCGAGUAAAUGCCCAGAAAUUUCUGGGCUGCCUGGUAUCCCUGGAAGGAAUGGUCUGAAAGGUCUGCCUGAUUCUCUGGCCAGCAAAUUUGCUUUAGCAAAUUUGAAGCACCGACUUUUCCAACUUGAGGCUGCACUUGCUUUGAAUGGGAAAAUAAGAAAAGUAGGAGAGAAAAUACUUGCUAGCAAUGGGAAGAAAGCUGACUUUGUAUCUGCACUACAAUCCUGUGAAGAGGUUGGAGGAACUCUUGCAGCCCCCAAGAAUGAGGAGGAGAAUAAAGCUAUUAUGGACAUUGUGAAGCAGUAUAACCAAUAUGCUUACCUGGGCAUUAGAAAGGGGGAGACCUCAGGUCAGGUUAAGUAUUUAAAUGGCAUGCCUCUGAGUUACAGCAACUGGCACCAGCAUGAGCCCAAUGGCAAAGGGACAGAGAAAUGUGUGGAGAUGUACACUGAUGGCACCUGGAAUGACAAAAAAUGCAAUAUGUACCGUCUCACAAUCUGUGAAUUUUAGAGAAUGGCCUUUCAGCCACCUCAGAGAAUGGAGAAAAUGGAGUAUCUGUGUUUCAGGUUGAUUAAAUUCCUGCAAUUUCUCUGUAUCCUAAAAUAUAAGAUGAAUCAUAUUGUGAUAUUUUUUAGCCUUAGGAAAAUGCCAAAAUUUCUAGGUGAUUAACAUGAUUAA